GCCUUAUGAUGGAAUUAGGAAGAGAACAUGAGCCAUGUGAAUGGCGUUUAUUCAUAGACGCAUCCAAAGACAGUUUAAAGGCAGUUCUUCUGUUUAAUGGAAAUUUAUAUCCAUCUGUCCCUGUUGCUCACGCUGCUAAAAUGAAAGAGACAUAUGAAAAUAUGAAAGUGCUUCUAGAUUGUAUUAACUAUUCAAACUACAAAUGGCAAAUUUGUGCAGACUUAAAAGUUGUAGCAAUUGUACUUGGCUUGCAAACUGGAUAUACGAAGUUCUGCUGUUUUCUUUGCGAAUGGGACAGUAGAGCAAGAGAUAAGCAUUACAAAGUUAAAGCGUGGCCUAAGAGAAAGGAAUUUAUUCCAGGAGCCAAAAAUGUCUCAAGUAAACCUCUUGUUGAUUCAAAUGACAUCAUUUUACCACCACUUCAUAUCAAACUUGGCCUGAUGAAAAAUUUUGUAAAAGCCAUGGAUAAAACUGGUAAAGGAUUUCUACAUUUAAAAGAAAAAUUUAAAUAUCUGAGUGAUGCUAAGUUGAAAGAGGGCAUUUUUGUUGGUCCAGAAAUUCGCCAAGUGUUAAAAGAUGAAGAAUUUCAAAAAAAGCUCACUGCUAAGGAAAAAGCUGCCUGGAUAUCAUUCAAGGAAGUAUGCGCGAAUUUUCUGGGUAGCAGACGAUCUGACAAGUACAAAACGUUAGUUACAAAUAUGCUGAAAAACUAUGAACGCUUGGGCUGCAACAUGUCCUUGAAGAUACAUUUUCUUGACUCGCAUUUGGAUUUUUUCCCACAAAAUUGUGGAGACGUUAGCGAUGAGCAUGGUGAGAGAUUUCAUCAAGAUAUAAAAACUAUGGAGAAAAGAUAUCAAGGAAAAUGGAAUCCUAGCAUGCUUGCUGAUUACUGCUGGGGCUUAUUAAAAGAUGAUGAUUGCAAUUACUCUAGAAAGUCACAAUAUAAAAAUAAAAAUAAAUUUUAAUUUAAAUAAAAAUCAAAUUUUAGAAAAUGAAAUUACUCAAAACUAAAUUCUUUAUCCUUUGUGUGUUUCUUCUUAUUCCUUAAAACCUUGAGAAAACUUACAAAGAUUAGAAGCAUCCGUGAAACUUGUAUUUGAAGAACAAAUUGUGGAUUCAAAAAAUUCAAACAAAGAAGGAAGAAAUUCCUUUCUAAGGAAUAACAAAAAAUUACCACAAAUGCGAGAAUAUUAAUAAACAAAAAAAAAAACAAAAAGGAAAAAAAAA